AUGGCCGCUUUCCGCAAAGUGGCAGCGCUGGCCGGCAAGCUCAACCUCUGGUCGGCGGCGAGAUCCGAGCUGCUCGGUGGUCAGAUGGCCGGAGGAGGAAGGGCUCGGAGGGGUCUGGCUGUCGGGGUGUGUCUCGCAACGGGAGGCGCCGUGGCGGUGUACUUCUACAGCGACAUGUCGAGCUGCAGAGGCAGGAGGAGGAUGGGGAGGCACAGCAUCAACGGGCUGCUGCCUGCCAUCCCCAGCGUUGAAGCCAAGGAGAAGGCACGUCCGUUUGACUUUGAGGACGGAGACGUGUACAUGUCGUCCCACGAGCAUCGCUUCCGCAUGUUCAGCUCGGUGGAGUAUGAAGGGCAGUUCUACAUGACUCCACAGAACUUCAUCGAGUCGGUCACCAUGGGAGAACCCAGAAACAAGAGGCCCUGGAGGUCCCUGGCCAAACAGGAACUGGAGAAGAUUUUGUCAGAAACUCCCCCAGUAUGGAGAGGAUCCUCCAAACUGUUUCGCAACCUGAGAGAACGAGGCAUCAUCUCAUACACAGAGUACCUGUUCCUGCUCUGCAUCCUGACAAAGCCCCAUGCUGGCUUCAAGAUUGCUUUCAAUAUGUUUGAUGCAGACGGCAACCAGAUGGUGGACAAGAGGGAGUUCUUGGUGCUUCAGGAGAUCUUCCGGAAGAAAAAUGAGAAGAGAGGGAGGAAAGGAGAUGCUGAGAAGUCAGCCCAGUUGAGUAUGCAGCUCUAUGGAUAUCAGGUUGCCCCGUUGAACAGCCGAGCAGAUGAGAGCAUCACGAUUGACACCACCCUUUUGGUCCAUUUCUUUGGGAAGAAAGGGAAGGCGGAGCUUACAUUUGAUGACUUCUACAGGUUUAUGGAUAACCUUCAAACAGAGGUGUUAGAAAUUGAGUUUCUGACCUACUCUAAAGGGAUGACCACCAUCAGUGAAGAAGACUUUGCCAAAAUCCUGCUCCGCUUCACCAAUGUUGAAAACAUCAGCGCCUACCUGGAGAAUGUCCGCCACUGUAUACCUGAUGAAAAGGGAAUCACCUUCGAUGAGUUUAGAUCAUUCUUCCAGUUUCUCAACAACCUCGAGGACUUUGCCAUUGCCAUGCAGAUGUACAAUUUUGCUUCUCGCUCCAUUGGACAAGAUGAGUUUGCAAGAGCGGUGUAUGUGGCCACGGGGCUGAAGCUGACGCGUCACCUUGUUAACACCAUCUUCAAGAUCUUUGAUGUGGAUCACGAUGACCAGCUCUCCUACAAGGAGUUCAUCGGCAUAAUGAAGGACCGGCUGCACAGGGGAGGAAGGGGCUAUAAAUCUAUGGAGCGCGCCGUCUCUUUUAAAUCCUGUCUGAAGAAGGAGCUGGCAAGCAGCAGGUGAAGGCCCGACACCACACCUCCUUCUCCGGCUGUGUUCGCUCUGGGGCCAAACGACAAGUUCACCAGCUCUGGAGGAGGUUCAAGGAGAAGUCGUAGUGGAGGAGACAGAAAUAGGGCAGAAAAUAAUAUAAAGGAAGAAAUCUGAUGAUGGAAUGAAUCAUAUUGAUCUCUUUAUAGUCUGUAACCUGAGUUAGCGCCAUUGUGUUUUCAAGGGCAGAUCCCCAUUGGUCCCCCUAAGCAGAAAAUAACUAGCAGCAUGCACACACACAGCAGACUAAUGCUCUGUAUGAUAAUAACAUCAACAUCACUCCUUGUAUUAAUCGAUGCCAAGUGUGAUAUACAGCGUAUAACUACAAACAGAGUGAGAUUAGAAUAUGACUUCACUCUCCAAGCAUGGCACCUCCACAACCAUCAGCAGAACUGCAACUAACUAUUAUUUGUGGU